UUCCUUGUAUAACUGCUCUCCCUCCAGCAUCUUUGCAGAAAUGCUCAAAAAGUUUUCUUAAAAUCCAGUACGUGAAUCUUCCUCCUCCUUCCGCUCCGUACCUUUUGGCCGAGUAUCGAACCCCAUUGCGAAAAUGCUCCGAAAUUGGUACUAUGUCCUGUAAUACACAGGCACGAGAAUGAUCAUCUUGCCCUUUGAUAUAAAAAAUACAGGAUCAACCUUCACUUGGAAAGUUGAAAGCGGUACCAGCAAACUAAAGUUAGGUAUUUACUCAAAGGUGUAAAACGUACAAGGCUUGCAAAAGAUAUGAUGAAGAUCUUCUAAAUGGGUGGAGUUCCUUUUCGCUUUUGUGCUUAGUUGAUUUUUCUUUCUUUAGUGCUCGCGUGGCAACAUGCGAGUGGCUGAAUUUUGGCCAUUCAGGUAUUUGACUUUGAUGGGCUAUAUUCGUGAACAAAAAUUCAAUGAUGCUCCAAGGUAUCAUAUUCUCCGAAACACCAUAGAAAAAAUCUCUUCCGUGAAUAUGAUUUCAGGUGCAAAGCCUCUACUUAGUGAUUAAUUUGGUCUUUCAACUGAACGCAUAGCUAAGGUUUGUUCAUGGAUUUACGGAAGGUGUGUUCUACAUCAAGGGUGCUUUUAAGUUUUGUUAUUGCUUAUUGUAGGUAAAUUUCACUUAUAUUAAAGUGUGUGCCGUUGAUUGUAUCAAUUUUUGUGUCUAAAUAACAUUACCUUCUAGUUUUUAUUACAUCACAUACUAUAGUGUGCUAAUUAUUUAUUUAGCUUCAUGUUUGCGACAAUUAAAAGAAUACUAUAUAAGAGAUGUUAUUUGUAAGUAGUGGGUUGUCUUGGUGAUUAGGACUUUUAUUUUACUCAUUGUGUUCUGGUUUAAAUUAUACUCCUAACCUUAGUAUAAGCUAGUGUAGAAUAUCACUUGUGGUAAAAAAAAUAUUUGAGUAAUGUUAUUUAAGCACACAAGACUGAUCGCCUUAUUGAUAUUUUCUCAAAUAAAAAUGGGUUCCUCAGUAUAGUAUAGUAGCAUAGUACUCCACAUAUAUCAAUUAUUGUAAUUAGUUUUGUGUGUCUAAAUAACACUAUUUAUUAAAAUAUAUAUGCCCUAUCAAAGAGCUCAACGAUGAGAUCAAAUUGUUGACUUGUAGGGUGAAGCUUCAUCCGAUAAGGCGGCCUGCAUGCAUGGUGACGUACAACGAGCUGCAUGGGAACUACAAUUUUGUUAUUAUGGCCAUAACUUACGAUUUUCCGGAUCACCGAAAAGUGAAUCUGUUAAACUUCUAACACAAACUUCCGAAGAGAGCAGAAUUCAGUUAUUGCAUGCAUGUUUGCCAGAUAUGAAAAGAAAAACAAAUACAGCAACUUGCCCUCCUGCAGAUUGCAAUGGCCUAUAAAUAAUCGGUUGCCCUCCACAGCAAUUGUGCGCAAGAAAAAGUCUGCAACUUAUCAAAGCAAGAAGGAGAAGUAGUCGUUUAACAUAUAGAUUGCUAUGUAAUCCAAUUGAGCAAUGGCCUUCAAAAGCAUUCUGUUUGUGUCCCUCUUGGUUGCUGCUGUGGUAAUUCCACUAGCUCAAUCCCAAAUCAUCCCUGCCCUUCUUAGUGUAAUCCGCAUUGACGGGAUUCUGUAUUGCACUGUCAAUGGCAAUGUCGGUCCCGGUGGCCCCAACGCUACCCCAGUUUUCGCAAAUGCUACCGUCCAGCUUCAGUGUGAUUCUGGGAACAACGUUGUUUCAACUGUAACAACUACUGGUUCAGGAGUCCUUUCAAUCUUGCUGGACUCCAUAAACUAUCUUCUCUCUUCACUUUUAUCUACCUGCAGGCUUGUGGUUACCACCCCACUCGCCAGCUGCAACGUUAACUUGUCUCCGACCGGAAUUCUCACAUCAGCUUUGCAGUUCGUCGGAAACACCGUCGUCAAUGUCGCUCCAGUUGGGUUCGUCCUCCAUAUUAAUUAACUAAGACCACGGGCCUUAAUUAGUUUAAAGAAUAACGUGGCAUCCAUGCGGCUGUUUCUUAAUUACAUUUUUCAUGUAUG